ACUGGAGGAGCUCCUUCAGCCCCUGCCAGCCACCACCUAACUACACUCCCCCAGGCCUCCACCAGCCUGGGAAGGCCAUUUCCAGAGUAACAGCUUCUCUUUCCAGAGGUCAAGACAAUGGACGAGGAAAAUGAAAAUGCUGCCAUUGAGAAGGUAGCACACACGAUUGUGAAAAAGGUGAUACGUGCUGCACAAGAAUAUUAUCUAAAUAAUGUGCAGAAAGAAGAAGAAGCUGAAUACACUGCCAGAAAUAUUCAGUGGACAACAUGUGAAAGCUUCACUGUGGAGAGGGGACUGCAGCAAAUCGAAGAAUACAUUUCCCAGACAUGGGAGCUUCACAAGAGCUGGCUUCACUGCUCAGAGUUUCUCUGGGAAGAAGAUCUUCAGAACAGCAAGAAGUACCACUACAGAGUUCUCUGGAGCAUCCCGACACGCAGAAAACCCAUCCCACUAGCAACAGCAAGCACCUAUUUUGUGAUAGAGAUCUCAAAAAUCAAACCUGUCACCCUGCCUGUGGAGGUAUUCUUCUUUCUGGAGUCCAGCAGGCUGAUUCACAGACCAGAGCAGUGUCGAUUUAGAGAAAAGUGGUUGAAGGACAUCAUUGAAAAUAAAAUCAUACUCAGGGAAAGGCUUAAAUUACCAUGAACAGCUCCAACUCACCACCACUCUGUUGGUAUUUUGCGGAGAAUCAACUCAAUGAAGGAAAAACUGUUAUUUUCUCCCAGCUUGUGGAUUACUUUGUAGGUAUAGAAGCAGAAUUAAAUCUGUGUUAAAUCAA